AUGGAGAAAAUACAACAUAAGAAUAUAAAAGUAAAUGGCAUCAACAUGCACGUGGCUGAGAUCGGAGAAGGCCCUGUUGUGCUUUUCGUCCAUGGCUUCCCAGAGCUUUGGUACACGCGUCACCAGAUGUUGUAUAUAUCCUCUAAAGGCUACCGUGCCAUCACGCCUGACCUUCGUGGCUUUGGAGAUUCGGAGGCACCACCUUCCUCCACCAGCUACACGGCCUUCCACGUCGUCGGAGACCUGGUGUGCUUGCUUGACUCAUUGGGGUUGGACAAGGUUUUCCUGGUGGGUCACGACUGGGGUGCUAUAAUCUCAUGGUACCUGUGUCUUUUCCGGCCAGACCGGAUCAAGGCUUUGGUUAACAUGAGUGUCGUCUAUAAACCUAGGAAUUCUUCUGUCAAACCUGUAGACCUCAUACGACACACUUUUGGUGACGAUUUCUACAUCUGCAGGUUCCAGGUCAUCAUAUCGAUCUUUUACUAUUUACUCUUUUUUUACAUUAUAAGAAUUAUUAGAUUAAUGAUCAUCUUGUGUAUGCAUAUUCCAACCAAGUAUGUACAAAGAUCUGAUGUUUUCUUAAGAUUAUCUUAAACAUACUUUUAAAAAACUCAAAACGCAUAAAGUGGACGACUUUGAAAGCCUGCAUUUUAACUUUAUUUGCUCGCUAGC